AUGAGCUCUGUUUACCAGGUCGCAGAGGGUGACAUCGCCGAGAAGCUCGAAUCACUCGGCCUCAAAACAAGAGUUGGCGUCAAGACCAAUGGAACAUGGCAUAAUACCUGGCGCGAGGACUCCUCCGACACCAUCAGCUACGCCUACGUUUUCAACAAUGCUGCGUCCGCCAUUGGAGAGCUUGUUGUGCAUUGUUCAGGAGUUCCUUACUGCUUUGAUGCCCGGAGGAGAGCUAAAGAGCUAGUGUUGCACUACAAGACAGAAGUCUCGACAACGAAUAUCCCUCUAUCACUUGCUAGCAACCAGACCAAGCUCAUCGGCUUUGCCGAUUCUUGCCUUGAAGACGUUGCCACACCUGAUAUUCACUUUACGGAGCUCCCUGGCAAUAUUUGA